CGGCGUCCACGUCCGUCCGCAAGCCGGGGACCCCCGGCGCGGCGCCAUGGCCUCGGAGUCGGUGAAGGUGGUGGUGCGUUGCCGCCCCAUGAACCAGCGGGAGCGGGAGCUCAACUGCCAGCAGGUGGUGACGGUGGACUCCGCGCGCGGCCAGUGCUUCAUCCAGAACCCGGCCGCCGUCGACCAGCCCCCCAAGCAAUUCACCUUCGACGGCGCAUACUACAUGGACCACUUUACUGAGCAGAUCUACAACGAGAUCGCCUACCCGCUGGUAGAGGGCGUCACCGAGGGCUACAAUGGCACCAUCUUUGCCUACGGCCAGACCGGUAGUGGAAAGUCCUUUACCAUGCAGGGCCUGCCGGACCCGCCCUGCCAGAGAGGCAUCAUCCCCAGGGCCUUCGAGCACAUUUUUGAAAGCGUCCAGUGUGCAGAGAAUACCAAGUUCCUGGUCCGGGCCUCCUACCUGGAGAUUUACAAUGAAGAUGUCCGGGACCUGCUGGGGGCUGACACCAAGCAGAAGCUGGAGAUGAAGGAGCACCCGGAGAAGGGGGUGUACGUGAAGGGGCUCUCCAUGCACACGGUGCACAGCGUGGCCCAGUGUGAGCACAUCAUGGAGACAGGCUGGAAGAACCGCUCGGUUGGCUACACCCUCAUGAACAAGGACUCCUCCCGCUCCCACUCCAUCUUCACCAUCAGCAUCGAGAUCUACGCGGUGGAUGAGCGGGGCAAGGACCACCUCCGGGCGGGCAAGCUGAACCUGGUGGACCUGGCGGGCAGCGAGCGGCAGUCCAAGACGGGCGCCACAGGGGAGCGGCUCAAGGAGGCCACGAAGAUCAACCUGUCGCUGUCGGCGCUGGGCAACGUCAUCUCGGCCCUGGUGGAUGGACGCUGCAAACACAUCCCUUACCGGGACUCGAAACUGACGCGGCUGCUGCAGGACUCGCUGGGCGGCAACACCAAGACGCUGAUGGUGGCCUGCCUGUCGCCCGCCAACAACAACUACGAUGAGACGCUCAGCACCCUGCGGUACGCCAACCGAGCCAAGAACAUCAAGAACAAGCCGCGCAUCAACGAGGACCCCAAGGAUGCCCUCCUGCGCGAGUACCAGGAGGAGAUCAAGAGGCUCAAGGCGAUUCUGGCCCAGCAGCUGAGCCCCAGCAACCUGUCAGCCCUGCUGAACAAUCAGGCACCCCUAAACCCUGUCCAGAUUGAGGAGAAGCCUCUGUCCCCACCUGUGAUCCAGCAUGACACAGAGGCGGAGAAGCAGCUGAUCCGGGAGGAGUACGAAGAGCGCCUGGCCCGGCUGCGGGCCGACUAUGAGGCAGAGCAGGAGUCCAGGGCCCGGCUGGAGGAGGACAUCACUGCCAUGCGCAACUCGUAUGAUGUGAGGCUGUCCACGCUGGAGGAGAACCUGCGAAAGGAGACAGAGGCUGUCCUGAAGGCAGAAGUCCUCUACAAGGCCGAGGUCAUGUCCAGGGCUGAGUUUGCCAGCAGCUCUGAGUACUCACCUGCUUUCCAGUAUGAGACAGCUGUGAAACCCGAGAUCUACUCCAUGCCUGACACUCUGCCCAGUGAGGAUGUCUUCAAGGUGGAGGUUUCUCCCAGGUUUGAGGAACUGCCCAAGGUGGAGACCCAAGUUUCUUUUGGGUCUGAAGAGUCUUCCAUGCUCAAUGAAACCUCCAUCUCUGUGGCCUUCCCUGGGCCCGGGGAGCCCUCCAGCCUGGGGUUCUCCGUGGCCGAGGUGGAGGCCCAGAGCGGAUACUUCCUGGAUGAGGAUGUCAGCCAGGAGGCCACGGAGCCCCUGUUGGAAGAGGAGCCCUUCCUCCAGGAAGAGGAGCCCCAGCUGCUGGCCCUGGAGCUGUUACCAGGCCUGCACGACCCGUUUGCUGAAGUGGAAGCCAAGCUGGCCAGGCUCUCCUCCACGGUGGCUGGGGUGGAUGUGCCCCACGCGGACGUACCCAAGGUCAGCACGCAGCGCCCCUCUCUGACAGAUCUGCUGGAGCCCCAUGACCUCAGGCCUGAAGCUGAGGCAGCUGACGACCCUCUGCCCAGGACUAAAGUACAACCAGUCAAGGGGAGUGGAAGGAAACCUUUAAAUCUACCCACGUUCAUGGAGAGAGAAAGCGAUCUGCCGGCCUCUGUACCUGAUUACUGGGAGGUUGACCUGGGCCCGGAAGUGACCGAGGAGGUGGUGUUGGCAGCAGAGCCUGGUGCAGGGGCCGAGGCUGAGGCUCAGGUGGCCUUGGAGGCUCAGCCUCAGUCCCUGCUGGCCAUGACAAGUGCAAGAAGGGACAGUGUGGGCGUGGAGGUGGCAGUGCUGACAGAUGACCUCCUGCCCAUCGUGGACCAGCAGCAGGUGCUUGCCCGCUUGCAGCUGUUGGAGCAGCAGGUGGUCGGGGGGGAGCAGGCCAAGAACAAGGACCUGAAGGAGAAGCACAGGCGGCGGAAGCGGUAUGCGGACGAGCGCAAGAAGCAGCUGGUGGCAGCCCUGCAGAACUCCGACGAGGAUAGCGGGGACUGGAUGCUGCUCAACGUCUAUGACUCCAUCCAGGAGGAAGUGAGGGCCAAGAGCAAGCUGCUGGAGAAGAUGCAGAGGAAGCUUCGGGCAGCAGAAGUGGAGAUCAAAGAUCUGCAGUCGGAGUUUGAGCUAGAGAAGAUCGAUUACUUGGCCACCAUCCGUCGGCAGGAACGUGACUUUAUGCUCUUGCAGCAGCUCUUGGAGCAGGUGCAGCCCCUGAUUCGCCGGGACUGUAACUAUAGCAACCUGGAGAAGAUAAGGCGCGAGUCCUGCUGGGAUGAGGAUAAUGGCUUCUGGAAGAUCCCCGAGCCCAUCGUCAUCAAAACCAGCCUCCCAGUAGCAGUUUCAACAGGGCCACAGAACAGACCAGCCUGCAAAACCUCUGCAGUGAACACGGGUGAACCAGGCAUGCAGGAAGAAGACCGUUACAAGCUGAUGCUCAGUCGGAGUGACAGUGAAAAUAUUGCCAGUAACUACUUCCGGUCCAAGCGGGCCAGUCAGAUCCUCAGCACGGAUCCCAUGAAGAGCCUCACACAUCACAGCUCGCCGCCAGGCCUCAGCUCCCCGCUCAGCAACCACUCUGCCAUCCCGCCCACCCAGGCCCCUGAAAUGCCCCAGCCUCGGCCCUUCCGCCUCGAGUCUCUUGACAUCCCCUUCACCAAGGCCAAGCGUAAGAAAAGCAAAAGCAGCUUUGGCAGCGAGCCUCUGUGAACACACUGCCUGCUGCCACCCUGCCUUCAGGCUUCCGUGAGAUGGCCAGGCCCUCGCAGCCCCAGCCAGGCCUCCUCCCACCUGCCCCCUAUGGUGAUCAGUGUGCCCCCAAGGGUUCCCUUCCCUGCUUCCCAGAAAGCCUACUCUGCCUGGUGCUUGAGCCCCCUUGGAGGCUGGACCAUCCUUGGAGAGACCUGCUCAGGCUCUCCGCCCACAUCAGUGUCUCCGUCUGCUCACCUGCUACAGAGCCGUAUGUGCCCACCAGUGUUGUUUUGUGCCCCGCCGGGCUCAGAAACCUUAGCUCUGCCUCAGGGCCUCCACCAGCAGCCCGACAGCUUGGGCAGCAACUUCCACAUGGAUCAAGCUCAACGUCUUGGCGAUUGAAAAUCGUGCCUCCGUCCAGUUGGCCCCACUUGGUGGGGAAGCGCGGUGGGACAGGCACAGGAGGAAUCCUAGAGCAGUUGGUCUGCGGCCCAGAGGAGGCCACUCCACAUUAAGCU